CGCCAGAACGAGUCACUUGUAAACCAAUGUUAAAUUAUCACUCAUAUUUUAGGAGCAAUAUGCUUCAAGGCACGCUGCAGUGGGUGCUCUGCUCACUCCCAUGGACACCAUCUUCGUAAAAAACGUCAAAGAGAGGAGUCCAGCUAGACAGGCCGGCUUACAAAGGGGUGAUCGAUUGAUCGCCGUUAACGGCAUUGCGGUCAAAGAUAGAUCGUACUCCGAAGUGGUGCAAUUAAUCGUCAAGAGUCCAGAAUAUCUUCAUCUGUUGGUGGUUCCUAAGGAAGAAGACGUUUUACAAAGGUUCUUUGCCGAGACAGCCUACAAUCCAGCAUCCAAUCAACAAGUCUAUCCAGAAGCUCCUCCAUUCGAUAAACAUACAGCUCAACAAAUCAUAUCUAAACGUCUCGCCAACGUUCCCACGGAAAGAUUCCAGGUCGAUGCCAUCUCUUGGAAGUCACUACAACAGCAACCAUACGCGCUAGCAGCAGAUCCACUUCAAAGAGUUGGUUACGAAAGGGCACAGCACAGUGCUGAAAAUUUGUAUUAUAACGUUCCUAGACGAAGAGUUCAACAAGAGAUCUACGCAGAGAUUCAUCCUCAUGACACAGAAAGGAUUGGAAGGUCUAGGGCCGCACCCCAGGUUCCAUUAUACAAGAAAAUGGGCCGCAGGGCAAGUGAAGGGAACAUCCUGUCAGAUUCAGAGCAUUACAAUCAAGAAUACAGUAGCCUACAACCAGUAAGUCAGGACAACUACAAUAUGAAGGCUGUAUACAAAAAUAGUAACUACAUGCCCGAAACUACCGACAUGUCAAAGAAUCCCAGCUGUAGACAUAGCAUUGAAGUCGAGAGAAGAAGAGAAUCAACGUCUUCCCUCUCGUCUUCGAUAACAGAUGGCAGUAAAGAUAGUGUGACCUCCUAUGGUUCUAAUUUAACUUUAACAGGGCAUGAAACUGACGAUUCGGCUAUAAUGGACCGCUUUAGGAAAAGCGUCCAACAAAAAGAAGAAUUCUUAAGAACACCUGUAAACGUUGUGGACCAAUCCGAUGUUAGAAAAGAAUUUUACAGUAGGCCUAAAAAAAUGGAAAAACAAAUAUGGCCUCCGAAUGAAAGGGACAAACACUCCGAACGAAGUUCGAAACCGAGCCACCAGAAUUUUAUGAGAGUCAAAAACGAUAUCGAUAAUGAACGAGAUCUCAGCGGAGGAACGAAUCAGAACGGAUAUCCGGUACAAGGUGGGGCUGUUAGCAAUAUGCCUCAGCAAAGAGGUGUCACUUCUCCGAAAGAAAGGGAAAAUGUGGGUUUGCAGAGAAUAUACGAGGCGGCUGUGGCUCCCACUGGUUUUGACAACAUGGAAAGUAUUAAUGGAUCUGCAGUUGAAGAUGCAUAUUAUGACGACAGAAAGGUAUACUCCCCUCCUCUUCAAAUAGUGUCCCGAAGAGCAAAAGAUUUCGAAUCGGGAAGACCUCUACCUGAUGACGAUCCGGUUCAGGCGAAUCGAACCAAUUUUUCGCGAAGCGAGUUGGCGCGACUAAGCAACAAAAAGUUAGUUCCUAACGUCAACGAAAUGGCGCAAGACUAUGAAAUAAAAGCUUCGGAGCCUAAGAAGGAUACCAGCUUAACAUCUAUGAAUUCGUCGAGCUCAAUUUUGAAAAGGAUACAGAGGGAUAGCAGGUCUUUAGAUAGUUCAGACUCAGCAGUGACUCCGGAACUAUCCCGAUCGCCUUCCAAUCCGCCAUUUGCUGAUUUGCCUCCUCUAAUACCCGAACCUGUUGAACAAAUCCCCGUUACUCCUUCACUCUCUGUAACACCUGCACCGGCACAUAAAGCGAUUCGGCCAACUCAGCUGGACUUGGAAGGGCCUAUUAAAUCCAUCUGGCACUUAAAACCACCCAAUAUUCAGGACAGUAGACGGAAUCUUUUACCGAAUUUGGAAGAUAAACCUGUGGUGGUAAAGAGGCGAAAUAAAAGUACUAACCUAGAUGAUGAACGGGCAACUCGACGAGAAUCCUACCUAAAAGCUACGGAAGGGGGUAGAAUGCACAUCGACAGCGACUUGAGCGACAGCGGCGAGCUGUCACCGCAGACUUUAAGAAGUGGCAGCGUGAGCAGUAGUAACGCCUCUUUAGAUCGGGAUAAAGUGUCGGGAGGUUCUAGUCCGUUGAUCGAGAGCAAGGAAUUACCUGUGGACGUGAGAGACGGAAUUUUACAUUGCAAAAUAUUGGAGAUAGAUGGCAAGAGUCCCGUAGGAACGUCAGAUUCUUUGGACCAAUCUUUAUCGAGCGGAGUAGAUAUGCGUACCAGCGUAGUGCGAGUGGCUGAAGAUUACACGAAGAGAAAAAACGUGCUUAGAGUAUCCUCCGUUAAACCGUGUAGAUCUGAGUUUCUGCUUCAAGCCGAUAGUUCUGAAGAUUUCGCAGAUUGGGUCAAGAAGUUGCAGGAACAAGUGGCGGCAAGCACUGAGGCAGAGUUGGAUCCUCAAAGCAGCAAGCAGAAAGCGGUACCUCAAUUGGUGCCAGCUCUUACCACAAUCCAAGUGCAAGGUAGUCAUUUAUCUCCACAACUAAGUAAGCAAAAACCCACAACAUCUCGAAACCGUUCACCAACCGGCCAAUCUCCAGUUAGCAAAAGCAGAAAACCCUCACAAGUACCGGAGCCUACAUCGACCAGUCCGAAAUCAAAAACAUGGCGGGGGAGAAUGGUUAAGCAGUUGCGGAAGUUCAAUCAAGGAGUUAAUAAUCCAAACAGCCCCACGGCGCCAGAGGGAUCUACUUUUGGCAUACCGAUAGAAGAUUGUAUUCCCUCUGCUAAUAACAUGUAUCUUCCAAAAUUUGUGGAAGUCUGUACGGAUAUUAUAGACGAGAGGGGGUUGCAGACCGUUGGGAUAUAUCGAGUUCCAGGUAACAAUGCUUCCAUUACAGCCUUAAGCGAGGAAAUCAAUAAAAACUACGACGAUGUACCAUUAGAUGAUCCUCGGUGGAAUGAUUUGCAUUUAGUAAGCAGUAUCCUGAAGUCAUACUUCAGAAAAAUGCCCAAUAGCCUUAUCACUAUUCAGUUAUACCCCAGUUUUAUUAAAGCCGAUAAAAUUGAAAAUCCUAAAGAAAGAAUGGAACAACUGAGGCGUUUGGUAAAAAGUCUUCCACGUCAUAACUACUAUACUCUCAAACAUAUAGUGAUGCAUUUGAGGAGAGUAGGCAAUAAUUCGAAUGUAAAUAAGAUGGAUUUUAAAAAUCUUGCAAUAGUAUUUGGUCCAACCAUAGUCAGACCUGAAGAGGAGAACAUGGAAAGUAUGGUGAACCACAUGAAUAACCAGUAUAAGAUAGUGGAGACAUUACUAACACAUGCUGAUUGGUUCUUCCCAGAAAACGAGUCUGAAGAUAAUCUUCCUGUACCUGAUAGCCUCAAUGAUGGCCUUGAAGAAUUUGAUAAUAACAAUCAAUCGUUGCUGUUAAGUAAUAUUGGUAAAUAUGGAGCUCUAACACAUCCAAAAGAAAAGAAUGGUGCUUUAUUUUCAACUAUAAUCUCAGCUGCUCAAAGAAAAGUCAAAAGGAAACCAAAUAAAGCCUUAAGUUCGACGCAAGAAUCCAAAGAAGAAAUUGUGUCUCCUACUAACCUUAAAGUUUUUCCUACUCAAUCCUUCCUACCAACUGAUCUCAAAGAGGUAAGUCUUUUGAACACUUACCAGCAUAGCUUUUAUCUCUAUCCUCGAACGAUGGGCCAAUAUAGCUCGUCCGCGAGCAAUGUGAAUCGCAGCAACAGACUGAGUACUGCCAAACAACCCGAAGGUCAUCAUCUAAUGAAGACCCACAGUGCUACUAAUGUUUUUUCGAGAACUGGUAAUUCUGCAGAGCUGAAUCGUAACAGUCUCGCCACCAUGGACAAUUAUUCAGUGCAAUAUAACAAAAACGGUAACGAUUACCAAUAUGUAAAACAAAGUGGCGCUAGCAAAGUGACAAAUAAUACGAGAAGUGACGUUACCGACGGCAAUAGUGAUAGGACAGUGGGGGCUUUUAGGAGUAGUAUUAGAAGGGGCGGUUCUGUAGAAAAUGUUAGUUCUAGUUCUGUAGAUAUAUCGAAUGGGAAGAAAGUCAAGUAUGAAAGUGAGAAACAAACUUACAGUCUUAAAAUCCUUGUUUUUUUAUCAGAGCACAAAAAUACUUGGAGUAUACAAGUUUUUACUCACUCGCCAUCAGACAAUGAAUCGUUACUAAGCACGAUGACUAAACUCAUCGAUGAGAAGCUAAAAGAAGAUACAUCGAUUUUAUCUGGCGACGGAAUUCCUUUCGUCGAUGAAUCCCCCGAAAAGCACCCAAAGAAUUCUUAUCCAGAUAAGGAAAAUAUCCCCCAGGCUAGUGACUUGUACAGAAAUCCCAGUUUACAUAAAAACCAACUCAAAAUGUCGAAAAAGGAGGACAAAGAGUAUAAAAACGAUAAAGAGAAGGAAGUAGAUACGAUGGCUAUGGAAAAAGUACCUGAUAAUGAUAGAAACAUUGCUAAAACUUUAGUGUUUUCAAACAACAACAAGCUCAACCAGAGCGGAACAAAAUUAAGACGAUCUGAGUCUUUAAAUAAGCCAGAACGAACGGUCUCACCUCUGAAUAACAAAUUGAAAAGAUCUGAGAGUUUAAACAAAGCUGGAGACAGAUUGAAAAGGUCCGACAGUUUAAGUAAAAGCGAAAAAACGGAGAGCAACAUCAAUCGAAAACGAGAAAUAAACCUUAGCAACCGCAGAGUUAAAGAUUCCGUAAAAAACAAAAGGAAAAACGGAAUGCCGGAUCGUUCGAUCAAGAGGAGGCACACCGUAGGUGGUACAAAAGAUCCUGAUAAAAUAACUUGGGCAAUGGACAAUAAGAAUCAACAAGCCGACUCCAACCAAGAGACCAAGAAAGAAAAGAAUCUUAGAACCAGCUCACCAGAUUUGAGCUCUAUGCGCCGAGAUAGAUUUUUCUUUGAAAUCAAUCUGAUAGGACCUGAAAAUAUGGUCGUAGCGCUGAGACAGCAUCUUAUAGGCGCUCGGCCUCAAAGUUUUCCUGAGUCUUCAGUGUUUAAAGUGCCUCUUGAGUCGCAUGUGUGAUUAAGAGUACGUACAUGAACAGGAAAUGUAUGUAUUCAUUUUGUUGGAGUUAAUAUUUUUGAAAGUAAUCAAAAUUGAACAGAAAGCUUAUUCAAUAUUGCAAAUUUUCCAAGUUGACUUGAUUAAAUUUUGAUAUUUGGCAAUAAUAUUGUGUAGAUAUUGUAAAAUCUCAGCAUUUACUGUUAUAGCUGCUUAUCAAAAUGCAUUUUUGUGAAUGUAAUAUGGACUAAGAGAACUUCAUUGUUUUACAUUAUCUGUUACAUAACAUUACAUACAUUUAUACAAUUCUAUUCAAGCUUAAAGUACUGAUGGUAGCGAGAACUAGUUGAAAUUUCGAGUUGGAGAUGAAUUUUGGUAUUUUUUUUUGUUUAUGCAAACACUAUACAAACAUGUAAGUUUUUGCUUUCCUGGCUCUUCUAUUUAAUUAAAAUUACUUUUUUUAUGGUUCAAAAUAAAGUUUCAUGAUGAUACAUAAUUUUUUUAACAAAAUCUGGUGAGCACUGUCCAAGUUAAGAUAAUACUAGUACCUGAAGUAAAAUUUAAAUACAUCAAUGUUUUUAAACUUAAGCAGCUGUAACAAUUGUAUUUUAGUAAAAACUUAUAAAUUGUUGUAAUAAUUAGUACAAUUCGAAAAUAUACGUAACUCCUUAUGC